AUGCUGUACCUGACAAAGGACCUGUUCCCGGUCUUCGUGCCACUGGGCGUUGUCGGCUUCUACCGUUAUCUCUGGUUCAUCAUCAAGCUGCUCGCCUACUUCUUCUACCGCCCAAUGAUGCCAAAAUCCAACCCUACCUACCGCCCUGAAUACGAUGUCACCAUCAUCGUGCCCACCAUUGAUGCCGGAGAAGAGUUCAAGGAAGCCGCUCACUCAUGGCUCCUCAACAAUCCCAAGGAAAUCAUCAUCAUCACAGAAACAAAAAUGAAGGACGCACUGCAGGAGCUUGCCAAUUCAGUCGACCCAACCAGGAUCCGAGUGUUGACCGUGCCAAAGGCCAACAAGAGACUACAGAUGGUCGAGGGAAUCAGGAACACAACGAGCGAGAUUAUUGUCUUUGCAGAUGACGAUGCUAUCUGGGCACCAACUUGUCUGGAGUACAUUCUCGCCUGCUUUGAAGACCCGAACAUGGGAGGCGUCGGCACCUCGCAAAUCGUAAAGUCUGUGGGUCGUUACCAAACCGUCUGGGAAGUCCUUGCCGGUUUCCGCCUCACCAUCCGUAACAUCGAGAUCGCGGCUUCAACCCAUAUUGACGGUGGCGUCUGCUGUCUGUCCGGUCGCACGGCUGCUUAUCGCACAUGCAUUCUACAGGACCCUCAGUUCCAGUACGAGUUCACGCACGACUUUUGGCUCGGCAAAUAUCCGCUCAACUCUGGGGACGACAAGUUCUUGACGCGCUGGAUGGUCUUCCAUGGUUGGAAUACCUAUGUUCAGAUCUGCAAGGAGGCAGAGCUACUUUCGACUUUCAAGAACAACUGGCGAUUCAUCAAGCAGGUUCUUCGAUGGACCCGCAACACCUGGCGAUCUGACUUUCGUUCCCUGUUUACCGAGCGUGUAAUCUGGAAACGGCAUCCCUAUGUGGCCUUCACCAUGGUCGAUAAAAUCUUCAACCCAAUUACUCUGCUCUCAGGACCGAUAUCCGUGAUUGUCAUGGCCGCUGAGGGCAAGUUCCAUUUGCCACUUUGGGACAUUAUCAUCUCCUAUGUUGUUUGGCUGAUGAUGACGAGAAUCAUUAAGCUGCUCCCGCACCUAUUCAAGAGACCUCAGGACAUUAUCUGGGUACCGGCCUUCUUGAUCUUUGGCUACUACUUUGCCAUCAUGAAGAUCUAUGCCCUCUUUACACUGCACGAAGUCGGUUGGGGAACUCGAGCUGGCGAAGGAGAAGCAACUUCAGGAAGAGCAGCUUCUGCAGCAAGACAUGGAGAAGCAGGCCCUCGAUACAAGGGACUCGGCCACUCAAGCCGCUCUGGCAGCAGCAGCAGCAGCAGCAACAGACCAACAGGAACGCGAACAGUUGCGACGACCUGUUAUCGUGGAGAUGAGUUCAAGACCGGAUUCUCCUGGCAGUGCCGAAUUGAUUCAGCAUUUCAGUCGGCAGCAGGAGCUUCAGAGGCAGGUAGCCGUUACAGGAUAUGGUGGACGUUCAAGGGGACAGGAGAAUUCGAAUUAUCUGGGCGAUCCGGAUACGCGGAUGCGGAACUCACAAAUAGGAACACGCAAAACGACGCAUUCGGGUACCAUGGCGGCUCAAAUACGACAGGGCAGCACGGACGUGGAGGAGGAGCAGGCGCGUCCUAUCGGUGA